AUGAAGGGCUGUUUGAGUCUACCAGAAGACCUGGCAUUGGACCUCAUAACAGGCAACAUCUACUUUACUGACGGCGAAGAGAGCUACAUUGGAGUCUGCACGAAGACUGGGACAGAAUGCACUGUGCUUGUGAAUGAGGAUGUCCGGAAGCCCAGGGGAAUAGCUCUCCUGACCCAGAAUGGGUCAAUGUACUGGUCUGACUGGGGCAAGAAUCCGAAAAUUGCGACAGCUGGUAUGGAUGGAUCCUCACCACGGCCCUUCGUGGUUGGUGUGCACUGGCCCAAUGGGAUAACCAUAGACAUUGGCAACGAGCGCUUGUACUGGGUUGAUGCCAAGCUGCAGUCAAUAGAAUCCGUCAACUUGGAUGGCAGCGAUCGCAGGGUAAUUCUGGAAACAGCUGUGAAGCACCCAUUCUCGAUCGCAGUCUUUGAGAACACCCUGUACUGGUCGGACUGGGAAGAUAAGCAGAUUGCCUCAUGUCACAAGUUUACAGGGAAAAACUACAGAGUCAUGUUGCGCUCACUAAAAAGCCACAUUUACGGAAUAAAAGUCUACCACCCUGCCCUCCAUCCCUCGAUGGAGAAUCCCUGCAAAGAUGCUGGCUGCAGUGAUAUUUGUAUGCUGGCCCCUAACUCAUCGUACACAUGUGCCUGCCCUGUGGACAAAGAACUUGGUUUUGAUCAGCAUUCAUGCAGAGCUGUGCUGAAGAAGGAAGUGGUGGUGGCAGUGGCUGGGAGCCACAUAAUCCAGGUGGAGCACCGGUUGCUGGGCCGGCAGACCCAGUCAGUCAUGUUGGCCAAGAGUGUCCACCAUGUUGAUGCGGUUGUCUACAGCUCUGUGGAUGACAUGCUGAUACUGAGUGAGAGUGAAGAGAAGAAAUUGUUCUCAAUGGCGAUGUCAACUAAUGUAAUUAGACCACUCCACGAGAAAGGAAUUGGGAAGAUCAUGAGCCUUUCAUAUGAUGCAUAUGGUAACAAUGUGUACUGGAGUGAUGCCGAGCUUGCAACAGUGAAUGCAAUGAGCAUGAACACCAAAACAGUGGCAGUGUUGUUGAGAAGCACGGGGGCCGAACCGCCGCUGAGUGUAGCUGUCGUCCCAGAUCAGGGGUACAUGUUCGUGGCAUUUGGCUCAUCUUCACAUGUGCACGUGGACAAGAUCCUGAUGGACGGUUCUGGACAGCGUGUCCAUGUGCUGGAGGAAGUGUCAGGGCCCUAUGUCUCUCUCUGGUAUGACAGCAACCUGGACAGAGUCUUUGUGGCAGAUUCAGGGAUGAAUACCAUAGGAAGUCUUGCCUCUGAUGGUAUUGACCACCACAUCUUCAAAAAGCUGUCGGGAUCUCCGACAUCAGUAACUGCUCUGGGGCAGGAUCUGUUCUGGACUAUCCAUGGCCAGCGCAGCUUGUACUGGGCCAACAAAUUCGAUGGUGCUUCCAAAGUGAAGAAGAUUGACCUUAUGGCUGCGGACGAUACGUACCACGUAGUGCUGACGGCUGUGAGGGGAGUGGCGCUGCUGCCGAACCACCCGUGCCAUCAGGGGAAUGGUGGCUGCAGCCACCUGUGCCUCAUGAGGGGACAGAAGCAGGUGUGUGGCUGUCCCGAGGGCAUGUUGCUGCAGGAUAACUUGACGUGCAUUGUGCCGGCAGGGUGCAGGGCAGACGAGUUCCGCUGCGAGCGUGACAAGCGGUGCAUACCUACCUCACGCAGAUGCAAUGGUGUAAAUGACUGCCCAAGUGGAGAGGACGAGAAAAACUGUGUGGUGUGCCGGGAGCACGAGUUUGCCUGCAGCAAUGGGCAGUGUGUUUCCCUGGAAGGGAAGUGUGACGGCAUCGUGCAGUGCUCAGAUGGGUCAGACGAGCGGGACUGCGAAGUUGGGAUGUGUGACACAGAGACAGACUUCGAGUGUCGAAAUGGAAGGUGUGUAGCGCAGAGCUUACGGUGUGACCUAACAGAUGACUGUCAUGAUGGCUCUGAUGAAGAAAACUGUGACAUAGUUAAAUGUGAAGAAUCGGAGUUCAGGUGCCGUUCCGGAGCCUGCAUACCGGGCACGUGGGAAUGUGAUGGGGAAGUGAAUUGCCCAGACUCGACAGAUGAACAUGACAAUUGCACGACAGCUACCUGUGGUCCCGACGAGUUCUCCUGCAGUAAUGGACACUGCUUGGACAAGCAGUUGGUGUGUAACCUGGUAGACGACUGUGGCGAUGACUCUGACGAGAGUGAUUGUCAGCAGUCGGGUGCGAGAAACGGAAGUGUUGCCUGCAGUGAGGCGGAGUUCAGUUGCUGGUCUCGGCAGGGGCUGUGCAUUCCUCUGGGGCAGAGGUGUGAUGGCAAGGCGGACUGUCCAAAGGCAGAAGACGAGCGGGACUGUGCGUGUGCUGCAGACGAAUUUGAAUGUAAGAAUGGAAAGUGCAUCUCGACCAGCUGGCUGUGUGACCAGAGGGACGACUGUGGGGAUGCUUCAGAUGAGGAUCCCAGUAGGUGCAUCAGUCUGCAUACAGGGGAAGAAGAAACAGCUGUGUGCAAAGGAUUUGAGUGUGACGCUGGUAAAUGUGUAGAGUUAGAACAACUUUGUGAUGGCAACAGAGACUGUGAAGAUGGCAGUGACGAAGGUGGCAAAUGUGGCAAGGCGUGCUUGGGGCACCCCUGUGACGGGGAGUGUCGGGCGACCCCGGCAGGCCCACACUGCUACUGCGGGGCUGGCUACGAGCUCGGGCAGGACGGAAAGAGCUGCCACGACGUGGACGAGUGUCGGGUGCGGCCCCCAGUCUGCUCGCAGGUCUGCGUCAACAGCCCGGGUGGCUUCUCUUGCAGCUGUGUUGGUGGCUUUGUGCUCCGCAUCGAUAGGACAUCCUGCAAGGCGACAGGGCCUGCCAUGGAGUACGUGUUAGUGACGGGAGGAGGCCAGAUCAGGAAGGUGUCGCAGUCUCUGACCAGUGUGGAUGUACUGCACAAGCACCACUUCCUGAGGGUCACGGGUCUGGACGUCGAUGCCAGGGUGUACACCAUCUGCUGGAGCACUCGGGAAACGGCAACAAUUUACUGCCAGUCACUGAAGACCCACAACAGGACGUAUGUGGAGGGGGUAGGUAACCCGACAGAGCUGGCAGUAGACUGGAUCACAAAGAACAUCUACUACGUGAAUGAUGUGCCAGCUGGGCAAAGUGACAUACAGGUGUGCCACCUGACGGAGAAGCUGUGUGCUGUUGUGGUGCCAUCUGUAAGUGGCAGUAGGAUUGGCAACAUUGCAGUUGAUCCACUUGCUGGAUUUCUGUUUUGGACCGAAAUGAGCACUUUAGUAGAAAAAGGAGAGGCCGGCAGCAUCAGGAGGGCAGACCUCGCCGGAGGCGGCAGGACGGUUCUGGUACAGUCGGGUCUGGGGUCGCUGAGUGGCCUGGCCUUGGACACAGUUCGGCGCACUGUCUACUGGGCGGACGCCUCCUUCCAGGUCGUAGAGUCGGCGACGUACGACGGCGAAGAGAGGACGGCAGAGUUCACGUCGGAGGUAAAGAGACCCAAACGACUGGUGCUGUUUGAGGACAAGCUGUACUGGUGGCCAGAGCAUUCGGGCUUUCUGAUGCAAUGCAAGCUGUUCACAAAGGGACAGAGGUGUCGGAGCGUCCACAUAAAUGUCUACGACGGAGACUACCUGACCGUCAUGCAAGAGUCACGCCAGAGAGCUGGUGUAAACCCCUGUGAGCAUCACCGCUGCUCCCACAUGUGCGCAAUAACUCCUCGAGGGGCCAAGUGCUUGUGUGCUGACGGGCAGAUCGUAGGUGAAAACAUCCGCUGCAAGAAUGAGGGUGCGAAGGUCUCGGAGCCACGAUUUGUCCUCCCGGGAAUUGUGGACGGUUUGAAAACUGCUACGGUUGCUGACCAGCCGAGCAGUGUGUCUGAGGGGACGAACACCACUUCUGUGGUGAUAGCGCUUGUGAUCGUGCUGGUGGUGGUGUGCCUAGCAGCUGCUGUGUACUACAUAUACAAGAGGCAGCUGGUCACAUUCAGGGACUUGGACCUCAGGAUACGCUUCCAGAAAUCUGGAUUUACUGCUAGCAGGCAGCCAAAAUCUUCAAAAAGUGCCAGAGCUUCUGGUUCUGCUGAACAAGAGUUUGUUAAUCUAGUAGAGGAAGAAUUCAUCUGAAAUGGUGCAGGUCAAGAGUGAACGUGUGAUACUGCUAUUUCAAAGUUAGUUGAAAAAUAUGCAUUUAAGUUUUAACAUGAUCUCUCAAUG